AUGUGGCCACAGAUGUGGCGGACUCGGGACAGGAGACACAUUGCUUGUUUGAGGGAUUGGCUGGGUCGCUUGGCUAAGUAUGAUUGGAGUCAAAUGGAAUGGGGAACAACAUACAGUGGACAGUGUCGGUCGAGGAAGUCAAUAUCAGAUUGA